AUGGCGCGAGGCCGGGGCGGGGCUUCCGGCGGGCGGGCCGGGCCGGGCCGUCAGGUGAGGGGCGCGGCGCGCGGGCGGCUGGGCUGCGGGGCGGCCGCGCUCGGCGCCUUCCCGGCCGGCCCCGGGCGGCGGGUGCCGCGGAGGAGCUGCCGGCGGCCGCUGUCCCUGGGCGCGGGCUGGGCCGGCGGGACGGAGGGCGUGAGGCGCCGCUGCUCCCCGGCCGCGGGUGGCGCCUCAGCCGGACCCUGCGGGAGGAGCAGCUGGUGCCCCCACCAGUGUGACCACAACGAAGGUCACCGCGUGGCCGCCGAGGCGGAGGCGGGUGCAGAGCCAGAGCUUUCUGGCAGGCAAGUCACCCCGCACGCUCUGCUCAUCCUGUCCGCGGCGGGCGGUUUGCUCCUCAGUCAGGCGUCCAGGCCUGAGGCUUCUGCAGGGGACCCUGGAGGAUGUGGCUGGAGACUUCUGGGGAGAGCCGGUUACCUGGACCCUGUUCAGAGACCCCUCUUCAGGGACGCCAGCCCGCGCAGCCGCCAGCGUGGGCUCUCCAAGGGAGCCUUUGGAGAGAUCGCCCUGUUUUAUGACUCAUCAUGGCUGCCCUUCAGGGAGACCAAGCACAAUGGCUUUCCCGGUGUCCCCUCCCACCACAGGUUUCGGCCAGGCCUGUGUAAGUUACCAGACUAACAUCCAGCUUCGCUUUUUUCUGGGUGGGAU